GACAUUUAAUAAAUAGAACAUGUGUUUUUUUCUAUAACAUAUGUAAGAUCGGAACUCCAUCCAUCCUGUGCGAGAAAUGUGCUGUACCAUGCUCUGAAACCCUGCGCCUAUUGAAUAUGUCCCUAGUGGGCUUGAAUCGGAGAGGAGCCAAUACAAGCGGAAGGGAGGCGUGUCUUCGCUCUUCCCCAAGACCUCCCAGAGCAGGUUGUUGCGUUUUGGCUCUAAAGCCUGGAGACCUCCGAAGUGCUCGUCAGUUUUCGAAGUAGGAGCCAUGGCGACAACAGCUCAGUAUAUUCCGAGGAAUAACUCUUUACCGUCCAACCCGCUCAUGCAUCCGGAUUCGGAUAGGAUGCACCAGGGGACGACCUACAGAGAGGUGCAGAAAAUGAUGCACCACGAGUACUUGCAAGGGCUUGCGGCUACCAACACGGGACACCCGAUGAGCCUGACGCACCACCAGUGGCUGCCCUCCUCCAACACCGACUGGUCCAGCGGCACCCACAUCGGACAGCAGGAGCACAAAGCCAGCGUGCAGGCGACCAGAGAGGACCUGAGCAGCGGCUUCCACCACAGAUCUCACCUGGUGCACCAGCAGACGCAGAGUGGCCACCAUGGUUCGUGGGCGCCUACCACGACCCAUCACUUAUCCCCGCUGUCCCCAGCAUCCAACGGCCACCAGUCACUGGUCUACUCUCAGCCUGGAUACACAAACCUCAACGCAAUGCUGAGUCCCCAGCCCGGCGCCCUGCACCAUGGCAUGCGGGACCCGCUCCACGAUGAUUCGGGCAGCCACGACAACCAGAUGGAGUCGCCCCAGCAGGCGUUCAGCCACCACCAGGACCAUUCGGACGAGGACGCGCCCAGCUCCGACGACCUGGAGCAGUUCGCCAAGCAGUUCAAGCAGCGGCGGAUCAAACUGGGCUUUACGCAGGCGGACGUGGGCUUGGCCUUGGGCACCCUGUACGGAAACGUCUUUUCUCAGACCACAAUCUGCAGGUUUGAGGCGCUGCAGCUCAGCUUCAAGAACAUGUGCAAACUUAAGCCGCUCCUAAACAAGUGGCUGGAGGAGACAGACUCAAACACGGGCAGUCCCACCAAUUUGGACAAGAUUGCUGCGCAGGGCAGGAAACGAAAGAAGAGGACCUCCAUUGAAGUGGGGGUGAAAGGGGCGCUGGAAAAUCAUUUCUUAAAAUGCCCAAAGCCGUCUGCUCAUGAAAUCAGCUCUUUAGCCGGCACUCUGCAGUUGGAAAAAGAGGUUGUCCGUGUUUGGUUUUGCAACAGAAGACAAAAAGAGAAAAGAAUGACACCAGUGGGGGUCCCUCACCCGAAUAUGGAGGACGUAUAUUCCCAAGCAGAGACCCCUCCUCUACACCGCACACUACAGAGUCCUGUGCAGUGACUGUUUUCAUGAACAAUCCGAGAAUUUCUGCGGGGGGAUAGAAAAAGGGAAAGGGACUAUGGAGUUUACAGUAUUUAAGUUUGGCUUUUGUUUUCCUGAGAGAAAAGAGACAUGGAAAAGUUGAACAGAGUUUUGCCCUUAGUAUUCGGAGAUCGUCAAGUCCAACAAAUAGAUGGCAAGAGGGAAAAUGUAAAAAAAAAAAAAAAAAAGAAAAAAAUCAAGAAAAAAAUUCGCUAUUACUGAUUUCCUGCGCAUUUAAAGUGAAACAAAGAUCUUUAUUUACCAAAAUUAUAUGGAGGAGACAUGCAUAUAAGUAAAUUUGAUAUCCCAUGGCUGUUUCAAAUGGGGAGUAAUUAAAUGUGGCAACUGAGGCCAUUUCCUCCUGGUGUACCAUGAACUGUUGGCGCUCACCAGAACGAGGUGGUUGCCUGAAAAUGAUCAACACUGGAGAUGAAUAGCCUACACUGAAUGAACAUUUUGCUUUUUCAGGCUUAAACUGAUUAACCAGAUUUCUGAAUAUUAGUGUAUACUUUCUUUGUUAUAUUAAGUGUGAUGUUUUGGUUUGGAAAUACUUCAGUGUCUCUCUUUCUGCAGACUGUAUGAUUUCUUUCAUUAUUUGCAAUAGGUACUGUAACUCAUCAGAGCAGCCUCGAAUUUUUCUGUUUACUCAGUGGGAGUUGAUGGUGGAAAAGUGAUGGAAUAUUAUGGCACCCGAAAACACUGAUAAUUAAGGUCAGACACAUUUCAGAAAAAUUUCCAAUGCAACAGGACUUGUAAGUCCUGCUUGCAUGCCUUAAAAAAAGAUAUUUAAAGCUUUGCAGCUGACCACGUCGAAAUUUGCAAACAUCACCAGACGCUAAAAGGGCAAUUCUAAAAAAUAUAUAUUUUAUUUGGGGGGGGAUUAUUUUCAAAUUAUUGUUUUCUUUGCAUGGAGCACUUAUUCUUUCGUUAGAUAUUAUUAUUGCAAUUUUAUAUUUAUUAAUAAAAUUGUUAGUGGAGCUAAUCUCCAUAGGCUUAAACACAAUAAAUCCCAUGUUUACAGGUUCCUGGUUAUCACCACAGAGCGCUGUCAGCUCACACUGCUUACUGCCUGUUAUCCUGUUGUAUCCCAAAACAUUUCAAGAGAGAUUGGUCAAAUACGAAACGAAAAGUAAUAAUAACUCAGGUAACUUCAGUGCCCCAUGUCAGAAUAUCACGCCUGUACAUGAUUUUUUUGUUUCUCUGUGUUUUUAGUUGUUUAAAUCUGGUUACAACCAAACCGUUUUAAUUUGUCCCACAUGUCCAUUGUAUUAUAUUAACACGUUGGAUUCGGGGAAAAGAAAAUAAUAAUAAUUCCUUAAGGGUAAGCAAUGACGGGACUUAACUAGAUAUAUUUAUUUUUGUCUGACCUGAAAGGAAAUCUGAAAAUCUCGUGCGUUGUGAUGUGUCAUUUCUCAAUGCUGGACCAGUCCAAAAGCCCACAGCAGUGCUAUUCAAUACAGAUGAGGGAAACAUUUUUUUUUCAAGAAAAAAUAAUAAUAAUAAAAAAGAUUUUAGAGAAAAUGUUGCCACGAUUAUUUCCGAUAUGUAAAUAUGUCCAAUAUGUAAACUUGUAUUUGUUCUGAGAUAUUGUUUUGUUUUUGUUUCUUUCCGGGCAGUUUUGUACACUUACUAAUUCCAAGAAGAUAUUUUAAUAUGAUUUCAUUUAUGAAUCUGACCAUUUAUAUAUAUAUAUUUAUUUCUCAAACGUGUUUGGAGCUUUUUGUUUAGCUCUGCUAAUGUUUAUGUUGCAGUGGAUUUCAGUAUGUUUUUCUUUUUGUUUACUACGUUGGUUGUAUGUUGAUUGCUAAAUGUAGACUGCAAAGUCACAUUUAUAUUUAUGUUAUAGUAAUAUUUUAUUACUUACAUAAAACAUAUAUACAAGAAAUGGUCUUUUGUCUUCAUUAAGAUCUAAACCACUCGUCCUUUGUUGAAUUCUAUUGUAGCAUUACCAGGCAAACAAGAUAAACAUGAUCAUAAAGUUUAUUGCUGUUCAGGGUUCUGAGCAUCGGGAAUGGUCAUCACACCAUGUGUUCAGUUUAAAUAGCAGUGAUUCGUUAUGUAACAGGGGGUCGUUUAAAUCAGAAGCUGUGUACAUGUGCUGUUAAAGGGAAUAGACAACAGUAUUUUACCUCAGGCAUUCCCUGCUUCACACAGUCUCUGACAUUGUUCACAUCUUUGUGUAAUAAUCGCAGUAUUAAAU